UGAAGCUACUCCUAUCGUUCAAGGCGGCAUCGGGACUCACGGACAAGGGAUGGAACAUAUCAGCUCCGCGGAACUGCAGCAUGUGGAGCCGAAUUAAGUGCAACGCGACGAGCGGCGAAAUCACAACACUAUACAUCGACGAUGGGUCCAUUGGAGCCCUGCCCGACAUUGUCACACAAUUCACUGCUCUCACGUACCUGAGCGUAACUCGAUCGAAGGUGCCUACCACCAUUGAUGAGAAGAUCUCAGCCAUCAAGACAAUGACCCAGCUGCGUUACCUGAGCCUCGGUUCCAACUGGUUCUACUCUUCCAUCCCUGAGUGGCUUGUGCAGCUGCCCCAGCUCCGCUACCUUCACCUGCCCUACAACUUUCUCACAGGACCCAUCCCCCCCAUCACAGCGCCUCUCAGCUCCUUCGACGUCACCAGCAACCUCCUCUCGGGAACCUUCCCCCUCCGCAAAACGCCCAUCAAGGCCUGCCUCGCCGCGGGAAACUGCCUCGGAGACGCGUCGGCGUGCGCAGUGGGGGCGGGGCAGCAGCGGGCGGACGUGGGGGAUGGGUACUGUGGGGCGGUGGUGGGGGACUUGUGCCGGCCUGCACCAGAGGCAGGGGAGACGUGGCAAGACCAGGUGGCUCUGCGCUGCUCCUCCCGUGAGUCUGGAGUGCUGGCGGGUGUUAUGUCCGCCACUGAUUCAAUGGAACCUCCCAUGGAUGCACCUGAAGAGGUGGAGCAGACCAAAGGCCCCGAGGACGCCCCUGUUACAGGCACAUCCGUUACAGACACAUCUGACAGCACUUCAGACGAUGCACUUGAUGGUACAUCUGAAAGUACUGAUGGUUCCUCUACAGGCAGUGGCUCUGGAACGCCAGUGGAUACGAAAUUCGUGCAGCCUGUGAAGGGGAAGGGCGGUAAGGGUAAGAAGAAGGGCAGCGGGGUGUGUUCGUGCAAGAAGAGUGCGUGCAAGGCGAGUGAGAUCUGCGUGAAUAUUUCGCGGCGCGAUUCGCGGUUCAUGGCGGCGGGAAAUAGCAUCGACAGCAGCGGGGGCAACGAUGCAGGCAAGGGUCAGGCGGAGGAGGGAUCAGGAUCGGACGGUUCACAGAGCCUCGCGACGCGGAUCCUUCAUUAUAAGGGCGCGGAAUUCGAUCCGUACGGAGCCGUCAGCACUCCCAUCUACCAAACGGCUACAUUCCGUCAGGUCUCCGCGACGGAGAAUAAUGCGUAUGACUACACCCGCAGUGGUAACCCUACGAGGGAUGCUCUUGAGAAGUUGCUAGCGGAGGUGGAGGGGGCGCAUCGUGCUUUUGUCUUCAGCACCGGGAUGGCGGCACUUGCUGCAGCCACCAGGCUGGUUUCCACUGGUUCCUCCAUUGUAGCGGGUGACGACAUUUACGGAGGCACGGACCGGCUGCUCUCAAGAGUGGUGCCUCGUGCAGGUGUUGCUGUCAGGCGCGUGGACACAACGGACCUAGACGCAGUGAGGGCGGCAGUGAGAGAAGACACCAAGCUGGUCGUUAUGGAAAGCCCCACCAACCCGCGCAUGAUGAUCAGCGAUAUCAGGGCCAUAGCAGAGAUCGCUCACUCAGUGGGUGCGCUGCUACUAGUCGACAACAGCAUCAUGUCUCCGGUGCUCUCGAAGCCGCUGCAGCUGGGAGCAGACAUUGUGAUGCACAGCGGUACCAAGUUCAUCAGCGGGCAUAGCGAUGUGAUGGCUGGGAUUCUGGCUGUGAACGACCCAGACCUAGCGAAAGAGAUAUACUUUGUGCAGAACGCAGAGGGAUCAGGGCUGAGCCCCUUUGACUGCUGGGUGUGCCUUCGCGGGAUCAAGACCCUGCCACUACGCCUGGAGCGGCAGCAGGCCAACGCACAGAGAAUAGCCGAAUUCCUGGACGGCCAUGCACGAGUAGAAAGGGUGUUCUAUGCCGGUCUGCCCACCCAUACCAACCGCGACCUGCACUUCUCCCAGGCCAAGGGUGCGGGGUCAGUGCUCAGUUUCACGACAGGCAACAUCAACGCGUCGAAGCACAUUGUUGAGACAAUGAAGCUUGCUAACAUUGCUGUCAGCUUUGGCAGUGUGGCGACGUCCAUCAGCCUGCCGUGCUUCAUGUCGCAUGCCAGCAUACCAGCGGAUGUGCGCAAGGAGCGAGGCCUGGUUGAAGACCUCAUUCGCCUCUCUGUAAGCAUGCCCGGUCUCUAA